GAGUCCCCAGAGAACUUGGGAAAUCUGCCGUUUGUAACAACGAAGCCGAUUAGCGAGAGUGAGAGAAGAUUCGAUAAACUGACUGAGCAAUAAACCGGGAGUCCUUCAUCCAGAGCUGUGUUUCAAAGGAAAUCAUCAAGGCCAGGGUGUGUGAGAGCAAUGGAACGAAACGAAAAACAAGACAUCGAGGUAUCCGUGCCUAAUGCUGAACCGCAGUUAGAGACCGCAAAGAAAAAGAGACCUCUUGGCUUGAGUUACCUUAUUGACGAAAAUCCGCCAUGGUAUAUAUGCGCGUUGCUUGGAUUUCAGCAUUUCCUGACCAUGCUGGGAUCAACGUUGGCCAUUCCCUUCAUCAUCAGUGGUCCAAUGUGUUUCGCAGAUAACCCACUUGUCAUAAGCGAAGUACUGAGUACCAUAUAUUUUGUUUCUGGAUUUGUAACCUUGCUACAAAGCACUGUCGGAGUGAGACUACCGAUCGUUCAAGGUGGGACAUUUGCCUUUAUUACUCCGACGUUCGCCAUCUUGUCGUUGCCGCAGUGGACUUGCCCCAAAACUGAAGGAGGUGGUAAUUCAACUACCGACAAUGAGAUUUGGAAGCCUCGUAUGAGAGAGAUCCAAGGCGCCAUAAUGGUCUCGUCAUUAUUUCAAAUCUUUAUCGGCUUCACUGGCCUCGUUGGUUUGCUUCUUCGUUUCAUUGGACCGCUGACCAUAGCACCUACGAUCACGUUGGUGGGUGUGGCACUCUUUAGAGUAGCAGCAGACAAAGCAGGGAAUCAUUGGGGAAUCUCAAUGACGACUGUCGUCUUCAUAGCUGUGUUUUCACAAUACCUCACCAAUGUUAAGGUUCCAGUUCCUGCUUACAGGGGUGGGCUAAGGAUUGGCCAUUUCCCUUUGUUCCGGUUAUUUCCAAUAAUUCUGGCAAUCGCAGUAUCGUGGGCUCUCUGCGCUGUCAUCACUAUCGCAGGAGGAUUCCCUUCUAAUCCAAACAAUCCCCAGUACAAGGCAAGAACAGAUGCAAGAAUUACUGUGUUAAAAGAAGCAGAGUGGUUCAGAUUUCCUUACCCAGGUCAGUGGGGAAUGCCAACCGUCAGUCUCGCAGGCGUUUUUGGGAUACUCGCUGGAGUUUUGGCAUCCGUUAUCGAGUCCGUGGGUGAUUACUACGCAUGCGCGAGAUUGGCAGGAGCACCUCCACCCCCAAAACACGCCAUCAACCGUGGAAUUGGAAUAGAAGGAAUUGGAUGUCUUCUGGCCGGAGCUUUUGGUACCGGGAAUGGUACAACGUCAUACAGUGAAAACAUUGGGGCCAUUGGAAUCACCAAGGUUGGAAGUCGCCGAGUGAUUCAGUAUGGGGCGAUAAUUGUCAUGAUCAUUGGCGUUGUCGGGAAAUUUGGAGCUCUAUUCGUCAGCAUUCCAGACCCCAUCGUUGGUGGAGUUUUUAUGGUCAUGUUUGGAAUGAUUGCCGCUGUUGGAAUCUCAAAUCUUCAAUUUGCUGACAUGAAUUCCUCCAGAAACCUGUUCAUUGUUGGAUUUUCCAUCGUAUUUGGAUUGGCUCUACCUCACUAUAUGGAAAACCAUCCUAACGCUAUUGACACAGGCGUUACUGAAGUUGACCAGAUCCUGACAGUCCUGAUGAAGACGAGCAUGGCAGUAGGCUGCAUUACUGCUUUGAUUCUAGACAACACUAUUCCUGGGACUUUAGAGGAGCGCGGGCUCAAGUCUUGGAGGUGUACUAUUUCAGAUGAAAGCGAUGGAAACUCUCAAACAGCCUCGAUAAGAGUCUAUGAUCUGCCAUUUUUUUUAAAACGUCUUGGUGACUGCGAAGCUGCAAAAUAUAUACCAUUUUUACCGUACAACCACAAGGAGCGAGACGACAGACAUGACAUUGAGUUAGAAUAUGCUACUUGAAAUCUUUAGAAAGGGAGACCUCGCCCAUCUGUCUUCGAGACACGGUUGGGUAUGCUCUAAUGCGUUUAAAUAUAAGAUGGUGUCACUUCUGCACUUUUUCGUACAUAUAAUGUUGCACUAAGCAUUAAGAAAAGGAUCCGAAUGGAUAACAGCUCAGUUACUAUAAUCUGUUUUUUUUGUGGAAUCAAACUCUCGACUGUCAUUAAAAGCAAGUUCAAGUGAAAAUGCAAUCUUCUUUUAGCUUGAUUUUAACAGGCUGCUUUAAGAGUUCGAUACUCAGUUUCCAUUCAAAAUAAAGCGUUAUACUUUCAAACUU